CCAGUGCCUCAAAUACAAGAAAAAUGGGAACAGAAACCCAAAACCCUCCUCAGUUCCCAAAUGCGCAAGCUCAAGAACUUGAGCUCUCUCUUCGGCUCUUCGUUAAAAGCCAAAGCCAAAGCUAAAGCCGCCGCCACCUCCACAGCGGCCACCACCACUACCGUUAAAACCUCACAGGGGAUGGAUACAGCUCUUAAACAUUAUGUGUCCUCUCUCGACAUCUCAUCUCCAUCUAUUUCUCAUUCCAUUACUAAAGGCUCAGUGAAAUUCCCUAAACCACCGCUUGAUCCUAUAAAUGCUCCUUCGCUCUCCGUUCUUUCUGCUAUCCCCAUCCUCAACGCAGAAGACUCCGGUUCAGAUUACGAAGAAGAUACCAAGCAGCUAGCGCUGGAAAUUUCUUCGAUAUUAGCAGGUGAUGCUUCAGUUGCCUCACCUGAUUUGCAACGAACCAGCAGAAAGACAUCUUUGGAAAACAAGUUGGAAAUACCUUGGGUUCCUAAUUUCCAUACUGAGAUUAGAUCUGAACGACGGAAAGAAGUAUCCCGCAAAAGGAAAGAUACAUGGAUUUUUAAAUCUACUCAAGGCAAUCGUUUUGACCGGUUAGUUAAAUUGUGUGCACAGACACUGGGGGUACGAGCUACAAUGGUUGCAUUUGGAAAAUUAGGACGUGAAAAUGGUGUGAAAGAAUACAAUGCUUUGAUAGAGAUUUGCAUUAAUAAGGCUAGGGAAAGUGAUGAUGAGGAUUUUGCCUUGGAGUAUAUUUCCAGGGCUUUUAAACUUAUGAAGUUAAUGAAGGAGCAGGGUUUCCAGCUAGAAAAUGAAACUUAUGGUCCAUUUCUUAUGUAUAUAAUUGAUAUGGGUAUGGUAGAAGAAUUCAACUUUUUCUGUAAAUUUAUCAAGGAGGAUAACCCAAGUUCGCUUGGAAGAUUAGGUUACUAUGAGAUGCUCCUACAUGCUAGAGUCAAUAACAAAGAAAAGAUUCAGGAACUCUGCAAUCAUAUUUCUAACAACCAUUCAAAUGAAACUAUAACUUUACAAGAAAAUUAUUUAUUAGCACUUUGCGAAACAGAACAGAAGAAUGAGCUGUUGCAGUUGUUAGAGAUUAUAGAUAUAACAAAAGUUUCAUCUUUGGACCAUGCGGUAAGCAUCUUUAAAUCCUUAGGGAGACUAAUGUUGGAGCCCCUGGCAGAGAAGUUCCUUUUGGAAUUCAAAGAAUGUGAUUAUGGCAUAGAGAAUAUAUCAACUCUCAUCUUUAGUUAUGCUACUAGCAUCCCUAAUUUAGCGGUUGAGGAUGUCAUUUUAAAAUUCAAAAACAUGCACUCAGUGCUGGAGAUUGCACCUGCUUUAAAGUUAUAUGAGAAGCUCAUAAUAUUUUGUUGUGAUUCCCAUAAGGUGCAUGCAGCUCUUGAUGUAGUUGACCAGAUUUGCAGAGAGGGUUUAACCUUAUCCAUAGACAUGCUAAAUUCUAUAUUGCUUGCUAGCGAGGCAAGCUUUGAGUUUAAUUUGGGUCAACGGAUUUAUUCUUUGGUCCGCCAUCAUAACUUGAUACCAAAUUGUGAGACUUUCAGGAGCAUGAUAAGUUUGAGGGCAAAAAUGAAAGAUUUUGGUGGUGCAUAUGAUCUGCUUGAUGAUUUAAAGAAAUUAAAGUUGACACCUACAGCAAGUAUGUACAAUGCUAUAAUGGCAGUAUAUUUUCGAGAGAAAAACAUUAAUGGUGCAUUAGCGGUUUUCAAGAAAAUGAAACUUGCAGGUGUAAAACCUGAUUCUCAAACUUACAGCUAUUUAAUAGUCAACUGUGACAAUGAAGAUCAAAUUAUCAAGUACCACGAAGAACUGAAGAUUGCUGGAAUUUCAGUGUCAAAGCAAAUUUACAUGGCACUCAUUAAUGCAUAUGCAACUUGUGGGCAGUUUGAGAAGGCAAAACAGGUACUCUCAGACGAAAGGAUUCCUCUUAAGAACUUUAACGAAAUCAAAAGUGUACUUGUCUCAGCUCUUGCAUCACAUGGUCAAUUGGAUGAUGCCCUUGGUUUAUAUGAAGAAAUCAAGAAUGCUGGAAACUCUUUGGAGCCAAAAUCUGUCAUAUGUCUUAUUGAUCAUCUUCAAUCUGAAGGCGAAAUAAGUAGAUUGCUUAAGCUUCUGGAAGAAUUGCAAGAUCCUGACUAUUGGGUGGACGGUUGCUGCAGAGUUAUCAUGUAUUGUAUGCGUAACAAGCAUAUAAGUUCUGCCGUCAAUCUGCUCAAGCAACUUAAGGAUAGAAUCAGCAGUGAUGAGUUGGUCAUGCAAGUUCUUUUCGAUGAGGUUUUCUCACUGUUUGCUGAGACACAGCCUAUGGAGCUGCAUAUGGGACUGGAGUUGCUUCAAGCCAUUAAGGAUGAGCUUUGUGUUUGUCCAUCUCGGAAAUCUCUUGAUUUUCUCCUCAGUGCUUGUGGUAGGGCCAAAGAUUUGCAUAAUUCUCUUUCGAUCUGGAAAGAGUAUGAGGCUGCCGGAUAUCCUUACAACGUCACGAGUUAUUUAAGGAUGUAUCAAGCCCUUUUGGCUUCAGGGGACCAAAAAUCGGCGAAGCUUAUGCUUGCUAAAAUUCCAAAAUACGAUCUUCAUGUUUGCUUGAUUAUCCAAGCCUGUCAAAAGACUUACAUUGGGUCCAAUUCUACAAAGGGAAAAAAGAAGAAAAAAAACAAAGAAAAAACGAAUGAAAAAAAGAACAAGAACAACCAGGAAAAAGAAUCAAUAGUGAAAUGAACCCAAAUCUAAAUGUGGAUAAAAAUAUAAAUAAGACUAACUUGCAACUUUAUCCAACUCAUGGAAAAAUUCAAUGGCAGUGGGGGCCUUCUAGCGGAGCAUGCAAAAGGAGGAAGAAGAAAAGGAAAGUAAAAACUACCCAUUUAUGAGCAAGUAAGCAAAAUGUGCAGUUCCUGAACAAGUUGAGGACAAGUUUCUUCAACAAGUCACUCCAGCCCAUUUUCACAAGGGUUUUGGUUGCUCCACCAUGGGUAUGUUUCCGGUCGGAACUUGAUUCUUGGAAUUCUAAAUCUUUUUCUUUUCCCUUUCAUAGCAGUGUUGAUAAAAUGUUAAAACGUACCCAAUAACAUUGUCUAUACAGGUACUCUUUAUUUUUUGUAGGAAACGAGUUUCCAAUAGCAAUAGAACAUAGCCAUGGAACCUUGGAAUUUUUACUAUUAUCUCUGCAUAGUUGGCUUGUACUAUGUGGGUCACCAACCAAUGGCCCCAGAGCCUGUAGCGGAUGAUUCUAUAUUCUGUAAUGAUAUCUUCCAUAAUCACCAAUGAAUCUUUUACAUGA